UGUAAAACCCGGAACUGUUAUCGCGCGACACCGGAAGCUUUUCGUGACUGUGCAGCUGAAUCUACAACAAGAGCCGCAAACGUUUGAUUGCGGCUGGCGCUAUGCAGCGAGAAGAGAAACAGCUCGAUUCCUGUCUGGAUGCUCUUAUAUCCCAAGUUUUGGAUAUUAAGAACUCUUUAGCUAACUUCAUCUUCAAACUGGAGAAUGAGUAUGAGCGCCUAACCUGGCCUUCUGUGUUGGAUAACUUUGCUUUGCUCUCUGGUCAACUGAACACACUAAAUAAAGUGCUAAAAAAUGAGAAGACGCCUCUGUUGAAAAACCAAGUUAUCAUUCCCCUUAUCUUGUCUCCUGACCGAGAUGAAGAGAUCAUGCGGUUGACAGAGGGUCGAGUUCCUGUUUUCAGUCAUGAAGUGGUACCUGAUCACCUGAGGACAAAGCCAGACCCUGAGGUAGAAGAAUUGGAAAAGCAGCUCAGUUCAGAUGCCGCUCGAAUGACACCAGAAGUAGCUCAGAAACAAGUACAGAGUCUCAAUAAGAUGUGCUCUAACCUUGUAGAAAAAAUCAUCAAGGACGAGAGGGAGUCAGAAAUUGGAAGUUUACGACAGAAUAAGCAAACAUUUAAUCCCACUGACACCAAUGCCCUUGUGGCUGCUGUAGCAUUUGGGAAAGGUCUUUCAAACCGUCGCCCCCCUGGUGGCCCUAUGGCUCCAGGCCAGGCAGGAGCUGGUGGAAUGCUUCAGGGUGCGCCGGGCAUGCAGCAGGUUUCUAUGAAUAUGGCUCCUAAUCAGCAGCAACACAUGGGUGGUGUUAAUAUGGGACAGGCCAACCAGCCAGGUAAAAUGCCAAGCAGCAUAAAAACUAACAUCAAAUCUGCAUCUGCGAUGCACCCAUACCAGCGAUGAGCGACCAGCCCCGCGCAGGAGGUUCCAGUUGUGAAGAAUCGGAUGCAAGGAAUUCUAGGUUCAGAGCACACCAUUUGGAGGACAAUUAAAUUAAUGGACAUUUGCGAGUUUCUCAUGACCAUAGAAACAUUUACGGCUGACCUUUGCUUUUGUUUUACCACUUACAUUAAACUUGCGUUGAAUGUAAAAACAGGAGGAGGAUGACCCGUCAGUGAGUUUUGUUUCAGAGGAUAAUUGUAUUGUGUAUAAUUAUCCUUCUCUUUUGUAAAAUUAAAAGUAUUUUUUUCUCUUUCAA